GCAUUUCAUCCUGCGGGUCUUCAGACUGUUGCUCGGUUGAAAUGCUUCUGCGGGACUGAUUCUGAGGUUGUGUAGGUAUUUCUCAAGGGCUUAUUCAUUUGAAGAUAACAGUGGAAUUUUGCAAGAUCAUCUGAGGAACAGGAAAGCAUCUGAAAUCAACUGAAAAGGAUAACUUUAGCGGUUUUUACCAGGGGAGGAAACUGUAUUGGCACAGAGGCAGAUGACUGAAAAGUAGUUGGCUCAGAGAAGAUGCACAGUCUGCUGUUUUCCCUCUGAAUGAGGACUGUUUAAUGGAAGCUGUAUUCAUGCAGAGAUGAAAGGAAGUAUUAGAGCGAUAAACUACUCAAAGUGAAAACUCCGAAGCAGUAAUUGGAGCUCAAAGGUCUUCUGAUUCUUUUGCUGUCUGCUUGUUAGGAUUCUCCACUGACACCAUUUCUGCCUGGUGCCUGUGUCUUUUUGCUGGGCAGCCAGGAACAACUGCCUGAUGGAGAAAGAAUAAAAGCUUUGCCUUGCUUCUGUUACUGAUGGGAUAAAGCUCUGUGUUUGGACUGCUGUGUGUGAAGUCUGGAUUAUCAACUUGUAUUCUCGUACCAGAGGUCCUGUUGUCUCCUGUGAUCUGACUCAUCACGUGUAAAUGUGCUGCAGCCUUGCCGUUAAUGCAGAGUGGUGGCUUUUUUUUUCUUUCCUAAACACAGAAAGAAUUGUCAACCCCUGAACUUCAUUUUCAGGAUUUAUACUAACUUCUAUAUUUUUUGUUUAUUUGUUUCCUGGAUAAUAUCUGUAUUAAGUCGUUUAAGCUGAAAAAAUGAAGACAAAUUAGAAGUGGAAACAGAAUAGUGAGAUUCUGUUGUUUUUAUUUUCAGCUACAAGCCGCCCAGCCUACUGGUAACUGUAUGACCUUGUAGACAAGAGUGGGGCGGUCUGUGGCCGCCUCUAUCUCAGCAGUUGUUUCUGAUUUCAUUUUUUAUGGUGUGGUGUCCUGUCACCCAAAACAAGGAUUGUUUUGUACAAAGUAAAUUUCAGAGCUUAAUGUAACUAUUUUGGCAGAAGAAACAUAUUUUUAAAAGAAUUAACCCAUAGAUUUGAGCUUUAAUUAUUGACAUAUUGAUGUGAAACUUUUUAUAGAUUGCAAUAACCUGGCAGAAAGAAAUAGGUUUUUAUUUUUAGGAAGUUAUGUGUCAUAAUUUUAAACUUCAGUUACUCUAAUAUUACUAUGAAACCAGCUGCACUGUUCAGAGAAUGUUCAUGAGUGAUAUACAGAAGAGGAGGAAAAACUGUGCUCUUCCCACUGUGACUUCUAGCAUAAAGCCUGAAGUUUAAUGUUCUAAAAGAGCGAAUGAGUCGAGUGUGUAUUGUUGUCUUGGAGGAGGUAGAAGAUGAUUCUCCUGUAUUCAUUUCUAAGUUGCCCCAGGAAAAUAAAUCUCUACAUUCUCCAUUCUCUGGAAAUGUAUUGCCGUCACUGGUGCAAGCUAUAUUUAAUGGUGAUCCAGAUGAAGUUCGAGCACUAAUAUUUAAGAAAGAAGAUGUUAACUUUCAGGACAACGAGAAGAGAACUCCUUUACAUGCCGCUGCCUAUCUUGGAGAUGCAGAGAUCAUUGAACUGCUUAUUUUAUCUGGAGCUAGAGUUAAUGCCAAAGACAGCAAAUGGUUGACACCUUUACACAGAGCAGUUGCAUCUUGUAGUGAGGAAGCAGUACAGAUACUUUUGAAGCAUUCUGCCGAUGUUAAUGCUCGAGACAAAAAUUGGCAGACCCCUUUACAUAUAGCUGCUGCUAAUAAAGCUGUCAAGUGUGCUGAGUCUUUGGUGCCGCUUCUGAGCAAUGUGAAUGUAUCAGAUCGAGCAGGGAGGACUGCAUUACAUCAUGCAGCUUUCAGUGGGCAUGGUGAGAUGGUCAAACUACUUCUGUCCAGAGGUGCCAAUAUUAAUGCUUUUGAUAAGAAAGAUAGACGUGCCAUCCACUGGGCGGCAUAUAUGGGUCACAUCGAAGUAGUAAAAUUACUUGUAUCUCAUGGAGCUGAAGUGACAUGCAAGGAUAAGAAAUCUUACACACCUCUUCAUGCAGCAGCCUCUAGUGGAAUGAUCAGUGUAGUCAAGUACCUUCUAGAUCUUGGAGUUGAUAUGAACGAACCAAAUGCCUAUGGAAACACACCUCUUCAUGUAGCCUGUUAUAAUGGACAAGAUGUUGUUGUGAACGAGCUCAUAGACUGUGGUGCUAAUGUAAAUCAGAAGAAUGAAAAAGGUUUCACACCUUUGCACUUUGCUGCUGCAUCAACACAUGGAGCACUGUGUUUAGAACUCCUGGUUAGCAAUGGGGCCGAUGUCAAUAUGAAGAGUAAAGAUGGGAAAACCCCACUACACAUGACUGCUCUCCACGGUAGAUUCUCCAGAUCACAAACCAUUAUCCAGAGUGGAGCUGUAAUUGACUGUGAAGAUAAGAAUGGAAACACCCCUUUGCAUAUAGCAGCCCGGUAUGGCCACGAGCUGCUAAUCAACACUCUUAUUACAAGUGGUGCUGACACUGCAAAGCGUGGUAUACAUGGAAUGUUCCCACUCCAUUUGGCAGCCUUAAGUGGUUUUUCAGACUGCUGCAGAAAACUUCUUUCUUCAGGAUUUGACAUAGAUACCCCAGAUGAUUUUGGCAGGACCUGUCUACAUGCAGCUGCAGCUGGAGGAAAUUUGGAGUGCCUAAACCUUCUGUUGAAUACUGGUGCAGACUUCAACAAAAAGGAUAAAUUUGGGAGAUCUCCACUGCACUAUGCUGCUGCCAACUGCAAUUACCAGUGCCUGUUUGCUCUUGUGGGAUCAGGAGCAAGUGUGAAUGACCUUGAUGAAAGAGGCUGCACACCCCUGCACUAUGCAGCCACUUCAGACACAGAUGGCAAGUGCCUGGAAUACUUACUAAGAAAUGAUGCAAAUCCUGGAAUCCGGGACAAACAAGGAUACAAUGCAGUUCAUUACUCAGCUGCCUAUGGUCACCGUCUGUGUCUUCAACUGAUUGCAAGUGAAACUCCUUUGGAUGUUUUAAUGGAAACCUCGGGAACAGAUAUGUUGAGUGAUUCAGAUAAUAGAGCGACAAUAAGUCCUUUACAUUUGGCUGCCUAUCAUGGUCAUCACCAAGCCCUGGAAGUGUUGGUACAAUCUUUGUUAGAUCUUGAUGUAAGAAAUAGUAGUGGUAGAACACCCUUAGAUCUUGCAGCAUUUAAGGGCCAUGUUGAAUGUGUGGAUGUACUCAUUAAUCAGGGAGCUUCAAUCCUCGUAAAAGAUUAUGUUUUGAAGAGAACACCUAUCCAUGCAGCAGCGACAAAUGGCCAUUCGGAAUGCUUACGGUUAUUAAUAGGAAAUGCAGAACCACAGAAUGCAGUAGAUAUUCAAGAUGGAAAUGGACAGACACCUCUAAUGCUGUCUGUUCUCAAUGGACACACGGACUGUGUAUAUUCACUACUGAACAAAGGAGCAAACGUAGAUGCCAAAGAUAAGUGGGGAAGGACAGCAUUGCAUAGAGGGGCAGUUACAGGCCAUGAAGAAUGUGUAGAUGCAUUACUUCAACAUGGUGCUAAGUGCUUACUACGGGACAGCAGGGGUCGGACACCUAUACACUUGUCAGCUGCUUGUGGACACAUUGGAGUUCUUGGAGCCCUUUUGCAGUCAGCAGCAUCCAUAGAUGCUAAUCUAGCCGUACUAGACAAUCAUGGGUAUACAGCACUUCACUGGGCUUGCUACAAUGGUCAUGAGACAUGUGUGGAACUACUUUUAGAACAGGAUGUUUUCCAGAAAAUAGAUGGGAAUGCUUUUAGUCCAUUGCAUUGUGCUGUGAUCAAUGACAAUGAAGGUGCUGCUGAGAUGCUUAUUGAUACCUUAGGAGCCAACAUUGUGAAUGCCACAGAUUCAAAGGGAAGAACUCCUCUCCAUGCCGCUGCCUUCACAGACCAUGUAGAGUGUUUACAGCUGCUGCUCAGCCAUAAUGCUCAAGUCAAUUCCGUGGACUCUACUGGAAAAACACCCCUCAUGAUGGCUGCAGAAAACGGACAAACCAAUACAGUUGAGAUGCUGGUGAGCAGUGCUAGUGCAGACCUGACUUUACAAGAUAAAAGUAAAAACACCGCCCUUCACUUGGCUUGCAGCAAGGGUCAUGAAACUAGUGCCUUGUUAAUACUGGAAAAGAUAACAGAUAGAAACCUCAUCAAUGCAACCAAUGCAGCCUUGCAAACGCCUUUGCAUGUUGCUGCCCGAAACGGGCUAACAAUGGUUGUUCAAGAACUUCUGGGGAAAGGAGCAAGUGUACUUGCCGUCGAUGAAAAUGGCUAUACCCCAGCUUUGGCCUGUGCUCCCAAUAAGGAUGUGGCUGACUGCCUGGCUCUCAUUUUGGCCACCAUGAUGCCUGUCUCGUCAAGUAGCCCAUUGUCAUCCCUGACAUUAAAUGCCAUUAACCGUUAUACCAACACCUCAAAAACAGUUAGCUUUGAAGCUUUGCCCAUCAUGAGGAAUGAACCUAGCUCCUAUUGCAGUUUCAACAACAUUGGUGGGGAACAAGAGUACUUGUACACUGACGUGGACGAGCUCAACGAUUCUGAUUCUGAGACCUACUGAAAGGCUGAGCUAAAGGUUGAAGGAAGUUUUAACACUGAAACUUCAAACUGGGCUUUUUCAGGAAAAAAGCACUUUUCUUACUCAUACACAAAUUCAUCCUGAAGAAAGAUCACUCAGUGAAUGGAUAGAAGAAAUGUGAUGACGUUAGGAAGAAGAAUCUGAAAGGCAAGUUUUGCAAAAGGAGCUUCUAGAAUCUUAAUAACGACUUGACUAAUGGAAAACACAUUGAUGUCGAUUACUUUGUGGGAUUGUUUAAUUGGCUUUUCAGUGCCAGAAAUUGGGACACUGCUCCCUGACUUGCUUAUACAGGCAACACUGCUGGAAAGGAAGAGAUAAAAACACUAGGUUAAAUUUUACCCAUAGAUUUACAGCUAAAUUUAAAUGCAAUAAAGUUUGGUAUAGUAGGCAUUAUGUACACACCAAAUUGCCAAAGGACCAAAUAACAUACAGAUUUUUCUUAGAACGCCGUCUGUGGAAUAGAAGUAGGUGAAAUAAGACAUCAUCGGAAGCAAACCAAUACUUCUGAAAAUGAAGCUAACAUUUGGUCUGGUGUUGAUUUUUGUAAAGAGAACAUCUAAAAAGCCUUCAAUGCUAUAUUAAUCCAUGAGAGAAAGCAGAUGUCUUUGGUUUUUUAACGUAAAAAUUUUAAGAUUCCAGUUUUUAAAGAAUUCAAAAGCAGCUGACUAGGUACUGUGUAAGUGGAUAUAGACUAGGUCAGGGCUACUGCCCACUUUUGAGUGUUUGGUUUUAAAUUGAAUUAUUUUUAUUUAAGGAAUUCCAUAGGGGAAAUUUUUUGAUGAAAUUAAAAAUCAGAUUAUUUCACCUGUUGUAGCCCAGUUGUCCUGGGGAGUGGGACUGGUUAAGCCUCUGCAGGGUGGCACACCUCCACCUUGGGUUGGAGGAUUUUCAUUUCACUUACUAAUCUUUGAGCUUUGCAAAGCAAGAAUCAAAAUAAAAAAUUUUAAAUUCUUAUUAUGAGAGAUCAUCUAAAGCUGGUUUUAAGUUGUAUAAAAACUGGAAUUUUAAAGUUUUUAUGUGACAGAAGACAUCUGCUUUCUCAUGGUUUAAUAUAGCAGGAAGGCUUUCAGAUGUUUUCUUUCUCUUCCUUUUUUUAUUUUAAAGACAGGGUUUCUCUGUGUCACUCUGGCUGUCCUGAAAUUCACUGUGUAGAUCAGGUUGGCAUUGAACAAAGAGAUCCACCUGCCUCUGUCUCCUGAGUGCUGGGACUAAAGGUGUGCCACCAUGCCUGGCUUCAGGUGUUUGUUUUCUUUAUAAAUUUCAUCAAACCAUUUGGCUUCAUUUUCAGAAGUACUGAGUUUGCUAUAGAUGAUGAUUUCUAUCAUAAACAGAAUCAGGUCACCUGGAAGGCAUUUCUAUAUUGGGCAGAAUUUAAAAUACUUCAGGCUUUGGGUUUGACUCAGAUCUAGAGUAGCAUGUUUGCAGCUUGUUGCUGUCGGAGAAAGAUUGCCUGCCAAAUUGAAGACUGCCUUUCAGGUAAUAGAGAAGGGGCUGAGCUGACAUUAGGCUUUUAAAUAACACUUCUCUGUGGUUUUGUUUUACUAUAGCUGUCACUUUCCCAGUAAAAAUAAUUUCACAUGGGAGGGGGGUUCUUAAUAGAGCCGGAUAAAGUUCCAUACAUUGCAACAAAAUGAUACCCAAUUCAUCUUAUCCUUUUUGUAUUGUGAAACUGGAACUUUAUGACAUUGUAAAUUAUCAGCUGGUUUUUCUGAAUAUAAAGUGUGAAAACACAGAACAGUAUUUUGAUCUUUGAUAAUUUUGUGGGUUUUUUGAAAAAUUAAUGAGCAUGUACAUAGAAAUAGUGACUGCUUGAAUACUGUAUUUACUUGCACUCUUUCAGUACAUCAAGAUUCCUGUAUAUUUUAGAGUAUAAUAAAACACAGAUGU